AUGCAGCUCAAACAGAACCAGAAAGCCAAGCUCGGCGAGGAUUACUUCCACGAGAACACGGUGGCCGACAAGAGCCUCACAUUCUUCCUUCAGCCCCUCCUCGACAAGAUCUCGCUCAGCCUGCCAAGAUGGCUGUCGCCUAAUGCGAUUACGCUAAGCGCUGGCCUGCUCAUCGUGUCGGUGACCAUUCUCGUGCUCGGCAGUCUUCCCAAGCUCUACGGCCCCGUUUCCCCUUGGGUGUGCGUCGCUGGCAUCUUCGGCGUCCUUGGCUUCGUGCUCUUGGACAAUCUGGAUGGGCGGCACGCCAAGAACACAGGCAUGUGCUCAAAACUGGGCGAUUUUCUGGAUCACGGAGUGGACAGCUUGGCCGACCCUCUGGCCGUGCUCAUGAUUGCCAUCACCGCGCAAGGAGGCUACUCGAUCCCGCUGUGGCUGUUCCUCAUCGGUAUGAUUUUGGUGUGCUUCAUGAACUACGUCUACCUCUGGUCCGACAAGCACACCAAAGUCUGCUUCGUCUCUGACGUCCAGCUCGAGGCCUAUAUCUUCUUCUCGAUCGUCUUUGCGCUGACGGCGGUCUUCGGGUCUGAAAUCUGGAUCUACAACCUGCGCGAGCUCAUCCCCGACGGCGUCUUCUCCGAGAGCGUCGAGCAGCUGCUGCCUGCUGAGAUGCCCGUCAACGUCUUCAUCAUCACCACCGCCCUCCUCCUCCCCGUCACCGAAUUCUACGACUCCUUCUCCCGCGUGCUUAAGGUGACCGGCUCAUUCGAGCCGUUCCUGGAGCUCUUGCCUCCAGCGCUUAUUGGCGUGGGCCUCACCGUGUGGGGUUUCCUCAGCACCAGCCAAAUCUUCGCCACUCAGAAGCUCACCACAUGCCUCUUCACCGUCGUCAUCUACAGCUUGGUGACGGGCAGGUACAACCUGGCGAGGCUCACUGGCGAGAAGGUGAAGCUUUACUGGGAGAACUACGUGCUGCUGGCGGUUGCCGGCGCGGUCAGCAUUUUCGGCGUCGACGACACGUUGAUCCUGCCCGUCUUCUUCGGCCUCGUCGUGGUGGCCACCGUCUACUUCUACUGCGUCACCGUCAUCGAGAUGGCCCGAAUUUUGAACGUGCCCAUCUUCGGCAUGAAGAAGGCCACCUCGGUCAAGAUCACGCCCGCCAAGGUCGUCCUCACCAAGGCCGAGCUCGCGAUCAGCAGCGGUGAGAAGCGGUCCACCCUCAAGGCGCGCAACGGCGUGGCACACUAG